AACAUGGCGGCGGCUGUAAGGAGGUACAGUCGGUUCGUUUCCGUCUCUAGAAAAGUGGGAAGUUGUUUGUUUAAUUCAGUUUUCACCGCUCAGGCGGCGGCGUGCGCUACCAACAUGGACUCAGAGAGACCGACCAAGCUGGAGUUUGCGGUGCAGAUGACCUGUGAGAGCUGCGCAGAUAAAGUCAGAGCUGCUCUGGAGGAUAAACCAGGAGUGAAGUCUGUCAGUAUCGAUGUCAGUAAAGAGAAGGUGUUGGUGGAAUCUGCUCUGACAAGUGCCGAGGUGCAGGCUCUGAUAGAGAGCACUGGACGCAGGGCCGUGCUGAAAGGCAUCGGUGGAUCAUCUGGGUUCAGCAGUGGCCAUGAUGGCUGGUGUGGGAACGAUCCAGGGUGUGGUGCGUUUCCUGCAGCUGUCCGAACAGCGAUGCUUGAUCGAUGGGACCAUUGAUGGGUUGGAGCCUGGACCCCACGGCCUCCAUGUGCACGCCCUGGGGGACCUCACACUGGACUGCCUCAGUUGUGGAGAGCACUAUAACCCCUUUGGAAGACAACACGGCGGCCCAGGGGACUCUGAAAGGCAUGCAGGUGAUCUGGGGAAUAUUGUUGCUGGACCAGAUGGCAGAGCCUCAUUUAGACUAGAGGACAGUCAGAUAAAGGUAUGGGAUGUGAUUGGCCGAUCGCUGGUAGUGGAUGCAGGGGAGGACGACCUUGGUCGAGGUGACCACCCUCUCUCUAAGCAGACUGGAAACUCUGGGGAAAGACUGGCCUGUGGGAUCAUCGCUCGAUCAGCGGGUCUUUUUCAAAACCCCAAACAGAUUUGUGCCUGCGACGGGGUCACGCUGUGGGAGGAGAGAGACAGGCCGAUAGCUGGGAAAGGUCGAAGCAAAGCCAACACGGAGACACCGGCAGCGCACCUCUGAACCUCGCACACAAACACCGACCACAUUUGUAACCUGUGUUGGAUAGUUUGAACAGAAAGAGCCCCUCGAAGAGAAUUGCACAGGACAUUUGUCGACAGAGGGUGAAGCGAGAAAGACAAAGCACUAAGGAAUAUGUUUCCAGACAGCUGGACAAUCGACCAAAGAAAAAUAGCCUUAUUUUCUUGUAAUUUUUCUCUGUGAUCAAAUCAAAAGCUCUUACAGCUGCAGGUGGUGUCCUCUAAGGAUUUUAAAAGCACUAAAGCAGAUUAAAACAGCCUUGGGAGUUUGUAAAAUUUGCCUCUGAUUAGCUAGAUGUCUGUUAACACUGUUAUAUGUUUGUAUAACCAGUCGCCUCUGACACAACUAUCUCAUCACUGUCUAAAUUGAUGUGCUUGUAAGAUUUAAGGUAUCCAUUUUUACUGUGCACUGGCUGGGAUAAAUGCACUUCAAUUUGCUAUGAAAGUUAAUUAUGCAAGCUUCCUGAAAACCGUAGAAGUAGUAAGAACAUCCUGAUACUCUCACCGCAUCAGUGAUUCCAACGCAGGGAUACUUGUACUACGGAGGAUACUUCUGCAGUCUGGUGGAUAUUUUGAGACAUUGUGGAGUAGCUCAGCUCAUUUGGAAAAAAAUUCAUGUUAUGAUUUGGUAACAAAAUGUAUCAACAUUUUUUAUUUUAGGAGGAAAAUCAACAUGCUACGACGGAGUAUUAGGGCCAUAUUAAGAAAAAAAUAUAUUUUAUUUUUUUGGAAAUUACGAGAAUGAAGUCGUAAUGUUGUCAAAAUAGAUAGCUUAAAGUAAUGGUUCGAUGGCUGAAACAUCCAGCUUUGGUUACUCCAUGUGGUAGCAGCAACCUAAACAUGGACUGUUCCAGGAUGGAGGAUUCACACUCUAUUAUUAAAGGGGAACAAUUGUGUGGGUACUUGGGAACCACUGGGCUUACUCAGGACACAUUGAGGGAAUCUGGGCCACUGUAAGCUGCGUUAGCUUGUUCUUUUGAUCCAUUAGGUGGUGUGAGUGACUUGGGUAAGAGAGAUUGCAAGGAGCUUGGGAGAGGGAGUCAAAUUCCAUCCAGAGUGAAAGGCCAAGGGUGGGAGGGGGUUGAUAAGGGGAGGUGUCUUGAGGGAUUGUGUGCUCAGCUGUUUUUCAACAUGGCGUUGAAGUGUACAGUUUCUUCAUGGUCGCCACAGUCAGCGUUGGAGUCAUACAAUGCAGGAAAAUGAAAUCCUGUGCCCAUUUUCUGCUUUAAAUUCUCUGUUGUUUUCUUGUGUAUAAACUGAUACAUGAUGAUUGAAGUCUAAUAUCAUAAUGUACAAAACUUCUACCUGCUGACACUUGUUGAUUUCCAUUAACACAUAUUGAAGAAUUGGGACAUUGUUUACGCCUAUUGAUGUACAUAUGUGAGUGUGUUGCUUUGUAGCUUUGCAUUGAUUUUCCAAAUUGAGAAUCGGUCCCGUCUCGUGACGCCUGAAUAAGCUUAUUGAAUUUUCUCUGAAUGCUCAGUCGGUGUGUCCUGUUUGUGUCUGAGGGUUGUGAAUGCAACUUGAAUGUAGAGCUGAACUAAUGACUAUUGAUGUUAUUGUUUAUUAAAUCUUUAAAAUGUCCUUA